AGCAAUGUGAAAGUAAGGUUUAUGAUAAACACACACAAAUAAUGGCGAGCGAAGAGGAGAGCGCAGUGAAGGAGCCUUUGGAUCUGAUUCGACUGAGUCUUGACGAGCGUAUCUACGUUAAGCUUCGUUCCGAUCGUGAACUCCGUGGCAAGCUCCACGCUUAUGACCAGCAUCUAAACAUGAUUCUUGGGGACGUUGAGGAGAUCGUAACAACUGUCGAGAUCGAUGAUGAAACAUAUGAAGAGAUUGUCCGGAGCACAAGGCGGACGGUUCCAUUCCUUUUCGUAAGAGGAGACGGUGUCAUUUUGGUCUCUCCUCCCUUAAGAACAGCUUGAGGCUCUUUCCGAAGCGGUGGGUGUCACAUAUAUUUGAUCUUGUGAUGCCAGCAACUCAAAUUUCUGUCCUUAGAUCUGUUAUAACUUUUCUGACAAUUUACACUUCAUAUUGUAUGAUUGAUGGUGAUUUUUGUGUAUGGAAAAUGAUGAACUUUCUUUUGACCACUUGAUUUGUUUUUGCACUGGUGGGCAUCCUUUUCAUGUUCA